GAGCAGUGGUGAGGCUUGAGGAAUGGCUGGCAGCAGCAGCCCAACCUCUCUUGAUGACGUGGCCAAGUUAAAGCCACACAAACGAGUAGAGGUGGUUUUGGAGGUCUUCAAAUAUUUUGGUCGUCGUAGUAAGAAACUAUAUUUUAUGUUGCCAAGCAGCCACUUAAAAAUACUGCAAGUCAGUCAAAUAGCUUGUAUCUGAAAUCAUUAUCUCCUUCAUUGUUGAACUUUCAAAUUAAUUAUAAAAUUGAUGCUCUAAUUAAGCUAAGGAGCGUCUCUUAAUUUGCAGCAAAUUAAUCGUAAUCCAUAUACAAUUGAAGAAAAUGGCGGAUCCGAAAGAAAUUACCAACAAAAAGCUUCAAGGCAAGGUCGCGAUCGUCACCGGAGGCGCCAGCGGCAUCGGGGAAGCCACCGCGCGCAAAUUUGCCUUGCACGGGGUGCGCGCCGUCGUGAUCGCGGACGUCCAGGACGAGAAAGGCCAAAACGUCGCCGCAUCGAUCGGUUCCGACCGCUCCAUCUACAUCCAUUGCGACGUGACCGACGAGGACCAGGUCAAGAGCUUGAUCGAAUCGACGGUCAGGAUUUACGGCCGCCUCGACAUCAUGUUCAGCAACGCUGGCAUCGGCUCCGCCGGCGAGCAGACCGUUUUGGAGCUGGACCUGGCCAUGUACGACAGGGUCAUGGCGGUCAACGCCCGCGGAAUGGCGGCGAGUGUGAAGCACGCGGCGAGGGCGAUGGUGGAGGGGCGCGUGAGGGGGAGCAUCGUGUGCACGGCGAGCGUGACGGCGAGCGUGGGGUCGGCGAAGUUCGCGGACUACACAAUGUCGAAGCACGCCGUUUUGGGGCUGAUGAGGUCGGCGAGUGUGCAGUUGAGCGCGUACGGGAUACGCGUCAACUGCGUGUCCCCAGGGAGUGUGACGACGCCGCUGCUGCGGUCGAGUUUUAAGGCGGGUGCGGUGGCGGAGGAGGAGGAUGUGGGGAGGUUGGUGGAGUCAAGUUUGAGGUUGAAAGUAGGGAAGACGAUCUCUGUGGAGAAUAUAGCUGACAGCGUCGUCUUUUUGGCUUCUGACGACUCUGAAUUUGUCACCGGCCAUAAUUUGGUUGUGGAUGGUGGGUUUAUCAGUAGGAUAACCUGAAGAUUACAGAUAGUUUUUUUAUUUCUUUCUCAAGUGACAAAUGAAAGAUCCCAAGGGAUAUAACAUUGAAACUACUCAAGAUCCGAAAGUUGCAGAUUCCUCAUGGCGGAAUUAUGAUGGUUUUGUUUUGGUUUGUCUUUCUUUUUAUGGAGUGAUGGUAUGAUUAUUCUGCUUGUUUUGUUGAAGCCUAAAAAAGGGAAGAGGGAUAGUUAUAUAUUGACAAUUUGUGGCCAAAUUGAUACAUGUUUUGUUUAAUCAACCUUCCUGAACGCUUGAACUUAUGCUUGACUUCCUAUUGCCCAUCUUUGGGGCUUACACCA